AUGGCCUUUCAAGAUUUUGAUCUCAUAUCAGAACGACGAAAAAACCACCAAAGAGAAAGGCUUAAGAAAAAGAUUCUCAUUGGUGUUGUUUCUGCCGUUCUCCUUGCAUGUGUGGUAGCUGCUGCGGCAUUUGUUGUGGUAAAAAGGACUGGUCCUGAUACCAAAACUAAGCAUGCAUCUCCCUUAGCACCUGCCACUAACACUAACACACAUGUGGAUCAAAAUUCAAGGCUCGUGAAAAUGAUAUGUGGCUCAGCAGAAUAUAAGAGCAAAUGUGAAAGCACCCUGAGUGAGGCAUUGGAGAAGGACCCCAAAUUGGCUGAACCCAAGGAUCUUAUCAUGGUAUCGAUGAUUCUUGCUGAAACUGAGAUUGACAGUGCCUUCAACAAAACCACCACCAUGAACUUUGCAUCAGAGGAAGAGAAGGGUGCCUAUGAAGAUUGCAAGGAGUUGUUUGAUGAUGCCAAGAAAGAACUUGGAUUCUCUAUUACUGAAGUUGAGUCAAAUGAUAUGUCCAAGAUUUCUGCAACUGCUCCUGAAAUCAACAACUGGCUCAGUGCAGUUAUGUCUUACCAAGAAACUUGCAUUGAUGGGUUCCCUGAAGGGGAGUUGAAGAAUAAACUCCAAAAUCUUUUCAAUGGAUCGAAGGAACUUGUUAGCAAUUCCCUUGCGGUUUUAUCACAGGCCUCUUCAUUCUUUUCUAUAUUCAAAGGAGCUGGUAAUAUUCACCUUCCUUGGGAGAUCAUUGAUGAUGCUCCUGCUCCUGCUCCUGCUUCUUUUGAUCUUGGUUCUGGUACUGGUUCUGGUUCUGGUUAUGAUGGUUCUGCUUCUGCUCCUGGUCUUGAUCCUGCUUCUGUUCUCGCUCCUGGUUCGGCUCCUGGCCCAGUUCCUGAUUGGUCUGCCCCACUUCCUACUUGGACUGGCUCAGUUCCCACUUGGGCUGGCCCUACGGAGUUGAAGGGAUCAGAUGAGAAACCCACACCUAAUGUCACUGUGGCAAAAGAUGGCAGCGGAAAUUUUAAAACCAUCUCUGAUGCUUUGGCAGCCAUCCCACAAACAUAUGAAGGAAGGUACGUGGUUUAUGUUAAAGAAGGAGUGUACGAUGAGACAGUGACAGUGCAAAGAAACACGGUAAAUCUAACCAUGUAUGGGGAUGGAUCUACAAAGAGCAUCAUCACUGGCAACAAAAACUAUGUGGAUGGUGUCAGGACUUUCCAAACUGCAUCAUUUGUGGUACUAGGAGAUGGAUUCUUGGGCAGAGACAUGGGAUUUAGAAACACUGCCGGUGCAGAGAAGCACCAAGCUGUGGCUGCAAGAGUGCAAGCAGAUCGUGUAGAGUUUGUAAACUGUGCCUUUGAGGGCUACCAAGACACUCUAUAUGCCCAAACCCACAGACAAUUCUACCGUGACUGUGUCAUUUCUGGAACCAUUGAUUUCAUCUUUGGUGAUGCAGCUGCAGUGUUCCAAAACUGCACCAUGGUUGUCAGAAAGCCACUGGACAAUCAGCAAAACAUUGUGACUGCACAAGGGAGAAUUGACAAGCUAUCGAACACUGGUUUUGUACUUCAAAAGUGUGUGAUCAAGGCUGAUGAUGAUUUGGUUCAAGUGAAAGAUAGGAUCAAGAACUACCUUGGGAGACCAUGGAAGGAGUACUCAAGAACCAUCAUAAUGGAAUCUGAGAUUGGGGACUUGAUUCACCCUGAUGGGUGGUUACCUUGGGAUGGCGACUUUGCACUCAACACAUUGUAUUAUGGUGAGUACAACAACAAUGGUGCUGGUGCCAACACCAAUGCUAGGGUCAAUUGGCCUGGUCGCAAAGUCAUUAACAAGGAUGAGGCUAGCAAGUACACUGUAGAGGCCUUCUUGGAAGGGUCAUGGAUCAAUGGCACAGGUGUUCCAGCUCAGAUGGGUUUGUACAAUUAA